GACUACAAGAUGGUAAAGACACCGAAAAGCAAGUCCUGAACAUGAACGCUAACAAUAAGAAGAUUAAAUCAAAGCAAAGCUAAAGCUAAAGCCCAAAAAAGAAAAAGCAAAUGAUGCCUCCCAGCUCUCACUCGAACUGAAGCAAGGUAUCAAUCUCCGUGUAACUUGAGCUCAUGCUAUAUGCCGACGACCUUACCUAGCAUGUAAUGCUCUUACACACACUCGUCUCGAUCCCGUCUCGAGUGACCACCAUAGCAAUGGCGCCGCUAGCACGUCCUUCCCUAGCUGCGUUGCUCGCGCUGUGCGCAUUCGCCGCGGUGGAGCGGCCGCCGGCCGGCGUCGGCGCCGCCAACGUGCCGAUCACGACGUGCCGGUCCUUCUGCGGCAACAUCACGGUGGACUACCCGUUCGCGCUCCGGGCGGGGUGCGGCCACGCCGGGUUCCGCGAACUGCUCUACUGCAUCAACGGCGCGCUGAUGCUGCACCUCCCGUCGGGCUCCUACCGCGUCCUCGACAUCGACUACGCCUACCGCGGCCUCACCCUGCACGACCCGGCCAUGUCCGACUGCCGAGCGCUCGACCGCUCCCGGGGCGGCAGGGGCAACGGGUUCGUCGUCGAGCCGUGGCGCGCGCCGUACCUGGCGCCGGACCCGGACAACGUGUUCCUCCUCCUCGGCUGCCGCGCCAGCUCGCCGCUGUUCCAGGGCUUCCCCGACCGCCACCUGCCGUGCCGGAACGUCUCCGGGAUGGGCUGCGGCGAGUACUACGGCUGCCCCGCGUGGGACGACUACGGCGGGCGGCGGCCGUCGGGCGCCGCGUACGGCGCCGCCGCGCCGCCCGAGUGCUGCGCGGUGUCGUGGGACGCCAUCCGGGCGGUGAACGUGAGCCGCCUCGAGUGCGAAGGGUACAGCAGCGCGUACAGCCUGGCGCCGGUGCGGGCGGCCGGGCCGGCCGGGUGGGCGUACGGCAUCCGGGUGUCGUGGGCGCUGCCGGAGGCGAACCGCGGGUUCUGCGGCGCGUGCCGCGCCACGGGCGGGGUGUGCGGCCACGACGGGGACAGCCACGGCGACCUCUGCCUCUGCGGGGACUGGAACUCCACCUCCAACUGCGACUCCUCCGCCGACGCGGCACGGCCAAAUGCCGCCUCCGCGGCGCCGCGUGCCAUCGUCGCGCUUUGCUUGGGUGUUCUUGCCUCAGGAUUUUCAUUUCUGUAACGGUGGUAAAAUAUGUGAGUGAAUUUUGAUCGAGUGAUCUACUAGGGCUCUUUAGUGUUGUUUAUAUGCUGCUUCUCGCGUUGGAUCUUAGAAGUUCAAUUCAUGGAAGGAAAGACACUUUUUUUCCCUCUCCACAAUAUCAAUAUAGAAGUGAUUAUCAUGCGGGCAUGUAUCUCCUAUACCAGAAUGAAACAACUACUAGAUGAACAGGAAAUGUUUUGUAAGUGUAAUUUUUAAGGCAUGUGUCCUUAUUUGCUGAAUAUCUCAAAAGUCACCACUACUUCAACUGCAA